GCUACAAUAAUAUUUGCGAAAAAUUAAUUUCCUUGCUUCUGUUUACACAGAGCAAAAUAACUUGUCGGAUUAAAAUAAUCUAUUCACUUCCGAUUUCCGACGCAUUGGGCAAACUUUAACAUAAAAGAACUUGCGCUCUCCACUACUAUACGUUUCUAACAGUUACGAGCACAUAAACGUAAGUAUUAUUGUUGUUGAGGUGUUUACGUAACUCUGGCAAGAGGUAAUGAAACACUUUGUAACUCUCGUUUGGGCUAACCGUCGGAGGAAUUAGACGUUAGCUAAGACUGACGUAGUAUACUGCUUUCUAUCGAUUUAACCACAUAUUUUCCUGAAUUUAAAUUAUUGACAUUUUUUGUUGUCGUAGGGUAAGCUAAGGGGAAAAGUAGAAUGGACAUAAAAACGGUGAUGUUAUUGUUAGCUACGCUGGUUAUGACUGUAAAAUGCUUAACUGGUCUUGGACCUACUCGAAGGGCGACAACGAGAUCAAAUGGGAAUACUAUAGAUGAAUUAUGCCGAAUGUAUCCAAUGCUGUGCAGAACAAAGUUUAAAAACAUGUUCUCCCAAAACAAUCAGUAUGCAGCUCAAUUACUGAAAAAAUUAAUCGAAGCACAGAAGAAAGCAAAAAACACUACUCAAGCUAGAAAACAAAGUCCAAUGAGCCCAGAACGAAAACCUCUUAUGAAGACAACUGCCAUCACCCCAAAGGAAUUUGUUCUUCCUCAACAGAACCAGCAGUUCCUCGCCACGUUUCGUGUGAUAGCAAGAGUGAGAAGAAGCCUAAGAUAACACAUCAGUAUUAACUGUUCCUGACUUGGUGACUUGGUAAUUAUCGCUGGCGAUAUUUAUGCAACAUUUACUUGUAUUUACUAAUUUAUUAUUAAUUUACCGUGACGUUUUAAAACGAAAAUAUUUUAUUUGUUCGACAUUAAUUUAUUAUUAUUUUUUUUUGUGCAGAAAGUAUUAUAAAGAUUUCCAUUCGACAUUUCUAAAGUUUUAACUUUUUUUUGUAUUAUUUGUUCUUUAGUGUAUACAAACAUCGCAAAUACAAAUUUAAAUCUUUAAGAAUUAUCGAAAAAAGACAUUAAUUUUAUCUAGAAAAAUUUUAUUCCCAUUGAUAGGCUGAAUUAUCAUAUCUGAAAUUAUUUAACACAAGAAUUUUCAGUUCCCUGUUUAGAUCAAAUAUUGGGUAGUUUUGUCCAAUAAAUUCUGGAAUAUUAGGUACAUAUUUUCUGUGCAGUACCUA